AUGGGAAGGUCAAAAGUGAUACCUGAUGCAGGAAACUAUGGGUAUGAAGAAAUCAGUAACUUCAUAGCCCUUGCCGGAAUUUCUGAUUUUGUGGAAGAAAGAAAAGCAUCUGAAUCAGAUACCGAAGACUCGUCCAGUGAUGAAGAAUCUGAGAUUGAUAUCUACGAAAGCUUUAAAGAAGUUCGUGAUGCUUUGGUUGAAACCGGGAAAGAGAAUCUCGAAUUGAAAAAGGAGAAUGCUCGUCUUGAAGAAAAGGUUGGAGAACUUCAGAAGGCACUUCAAGCGGAAAAAGAUCUCAACAUGGAUAAUCUCAAUAUCAUGUUGGAAAAGAUGGAAGCGGUUAAACGAGCAGAUGACAUCACCAAAGAGUACUUUUUGGAGAAGGAGAACUCCAGAGUCUACAAGCUGAGUUAG